AGGAUAAAAACAAACAAAACGGAAUUACUUAUAUAAUAUUUGGAUAUAUUUUUCAUGUGUUAAUUGAUGGAUUAAGACGUUAACCAUGAACAAUUUACCAGCAUUUCCAAGUUUUGAUCUUGAAACGGAUAAAUCCAAUGCAGGCACGCGUUGGGAGAAAUGGAUUGGGCGCCUCGAAAAUUUAUUUGUGGGGAUGAAAAUAUCAAACGCUGACCAGAGAAGAGCAUUAUUACUACAUUACGCCGGAGAAAAAGUGUACGACAUCUAUGACGUAGAGAAAAAGGACAGCGCAGCGACUUAUGACGCAACAAAAAAGGUACUUAGCGACUAUUUUGCUCCCAGAAAGAACGUUCAAAUUGAAAUUUACAACUUUAGAUCAUACAAGCAAUUAGAAGCACAAACGAUUGAUGAAUAUGUGACUGAGUUAAGAACUUUGGCAAAGAACUGUGCAUUCGCAGACAUUGACAAUGAAAUUUUACAACAAGUGAUACAACAUGGCCGCUCAAAUCAACUCAGAAGAAGAGCGUUACGUGAACCAGAUAAAAAGCUCGAUGACAUUAUUACAAUGGGACGUAUGUUUGAACAAUCAGAUAUGCAAGCAUCCGCAAUGGAAAAUUCAGAAAAUUCUAGAUCUGUACACAAGGUUUCAAAGUUCAAUAGUAGAACACGAGGACGAGCGCCGAUGCCUCAUGGCCGUAGGAACAGUAGAGGGUCGUAUGCAAAUUUUGGAGGUCGUGGGAAAUAUGGUCCGAAGAACCAAUCGAAUCAACGAAGUAGACCACGUGAUGGUGCGUCAGCCAAUACUUGCAGAAAAUGUGGUUAUGAAUUCCCGCACAGAGAUAAGCCGUGCCCAGCCAAAGGUAAAACCUGCAAUGUAUGCAAGAAACCUAAUCAUUUCGCGCGCUGCUGUUUAGCGCCGAAAUAUCAGCAUGUCAAAGAGGUCAGCGAUAACGCCAGCAGUUCGCUACAGUUCGAUUCGGAAGAGGAGUACCUCUAUAACAUCACAGUGAAAAAUGUCGGUAAACAAAAAGGAUCAAAAACGCCCAAAACACAGAUAAAAGUCAACGAUAAAACGAUUACGGCUACAAUAGACACAGGAUCAAGUGUGAAUAUACUAGAUGAAACUACGUAUGAUUACUAAGAAAAACCUAAGAUGAAAACAAAAGGGCUGCCAAAUUUACUUCCAUACGGAGGGGGAAGUACAUUAAACGUAAAGGGCUGUGUGAAUUUAACGGUCGAAAAGAACAGAAAAUACACAGUAACACCAUUUUAUCUUGUGAAAGGAAACCAUGGAGCUCUAUUAGG